UUCUUCUUUAACAUUCACGAUUUCAUAUCCCUUGCUUUACUAUAAAAAAAAUCAACCAUGCCGCAAGUACUCAACCCCAUCCUCCCAGGCUUCAACCCCGACCCCUCCAUCAUCCGUGUCAAAAAUGACUACUACAUCGCCACCUCAACAUUCGAAUGGUAUCCUGGCGUUCAGAUUCAUCACUCGACCGAUCUGGCAAACUGGACUCUCAAAAUCCGCCCAUUAAAUCGAAAAUCCCAACUUGACAUGCGUGGCAAUCCCGACAGCUGCGGGAUCUGGGCGCCUUGUCUUUCGCACGACGGCGAGAAAUUCUGGCUCGUGUAUACUGAUGUUAAACGCAAAGAUGGGAGUUUUAAGGACACGCAUAAUUACAUCGUCACUGCGGAAAAGAUAGAAGGACCAUGGUCGGAUCCAGUGUACGUCAAUUCUUCGGGGUUCGAUCCGAGUCUUUUCCACGAUGAUGAUGGCAGGAAGUGGUUCUUGAAUAUGAUACAAGACCACCGAAGACGGCCCCGAUCCUUCGCUGGGAUUAGAAUUCAAGAGUUUGAUACCAGAGCUGGGACGCUAGUCGGCCCUACAAAGACCAUCUUCUACGGCACUGAUCUGGAUUUGGUCGAGGGUCCGCAUUUGUACAAGCGUAACGGCUGGUACUACCUCCUCACUGCCGAGGGUGGUACGGCGUACGAGCACGCAUGCACACUGGCGAGAUCAAGGGAAAUUUGGGGACCGUAUGAAUUGCAUCCGCAAAAGUAUAUCCUGACUUCCAAGGACGCGCCAUACGCUGCAUUGCAAAGAGCGGGACAUGGGGAUAUCAUUGAUACACCAGAUGGGAAGUCAUACUUAGUGCAUUUGACGGGUCGGCCCACAACACAUAAGCGAAGAUGUGUGCUAGGGCGUGAGACAGCAAUUCAGGAAGCGUAUUGGGGAGAGGAUGAUUGGCUGUAUGUCAAAAAUGGACCGGUGCCAUCGCUGAGUGUCGAAGUACCCGGAACGCGCGAUGACUCUGAGUACUGGGCUGAACAACGAUAUGUGUUCGACAAUUCGAAGGGUCUACAUCAUGACUUCCAAUGGCUCCGGACUCCAGAAACUUCGCGCAUCUUCAAAAUCGAAAACAACCAGCUCCAAUUGAUCGGGCGUGAAGCCAUCGGCUCCUGGUUUGAGCAAGCCCUCCUCGCACGUCGCCAAACACACUUCUCCUACGACGCCGAAACUGUCAUCGACUUCAGCCCAACCGACGAGCGACAAUUUGCCGGUCUAACAGCCUACUACUGCCGUUACAACUUCUUCUACCUAACUGUGACCGCGCACGCAGACGGCCAGCGGGAACUCCUAAUCCUGAGCUCUGAAGCCUCUUGGCCGGAAGGCCGGCUUAAUUUACCUCUCGCCGAACCGGUUAAGAUACCGAAUGAGGGCAAAGUAAAGCUCGGGCUGAGCAUCCGCGGCAAGGAGCUUCAGUUCUGGUAUGCACAUGGUGAAGGGAAGGACUUGCAGAAAAUCGGACCUGUGUACGACGCCUCGAUAUUGUCCGAUGAAUGUGGCGGCCACCAGGCUCAUGGGAGUUUUACGGGUGCGUUUGUGGGAUUGGCUUGUUCGGAUGUGAAUGGGACGGCAAUGACUGCUAAGUUUGAUUAUCUUGUUUAUCGACCUGUGAGGCAUGAGACGGACCGAUAUGAGAUCUAACGGCUUAAGAGAUGAAUGAAG